AAGAUGCUCUGGUUUCAAGGAUAUAGCAUGCAACCUGCCAAACACUCCUUUCAGCUGCUCUUGAGAAAUCUAUCUGCCUCUAAGACUGCUCUGCCUGUGCUAACCUUAUUCACAAAGGAUCUGUGCCCCCUUUGUGAUGAAGCCAAGGAAGUACUGGAGCCUUAUAAAAACAGGUUUAUUUUACAGGAGGUGGACAUCACACUUCCAGAAAACUCUGCUUGGUAUGACAGGUAUAAAUUUGACAUCCCCGUCUUUCAUUUGAAUGGCCAGUUUCUGAUGAUGCAUCGAGUAGACGUCUCAAAACUUGAAAAACAGCUCCAGAAACUUGAGCAGCAAGGUGUGGGAGGCUGA